AUGAAAACUCUUGUUCUUUAAUACCCAAAACAAAAAACCAUGUAUAACCCAAGUAAACCUGCUGUUAAAAUCGAUACAAAUAAUCAAUUCUUAUAAACUCAUGAUUUAAAAGCUUCUAAUUAGAAAAGUUUAAAUGUUGUAGAUAGAUUAUAUUAAUAAGAAGAAAAGAAAAGAAAUAAAAUCUAAAAAUUAAAAUAAGAGAAGGAAAGAUCAUAGACUCCAACAAAAAUAUCCUUUAUUAGUAAAAAGUCUUAAUAGAUUCUUGAGAAUAAAAAUCUUAAACCAUUUUUAGAAAGAUAAAAUGAAUUAGUCUAAGAGAAAAAGAUGAGAGCUGAAUUAUAGAAGAUUUUAGCUACUUAAGAAUAAGAAGAAGUUGAAUCAUAUAAAGUAUUACCAUCAAGAUCACAUUCUCAAUUUAUAAAAGAUUCUGAAGAUUGGGUUUAAUAUAAAGAAUUUAAGAAAUAAUAAUUAGCAGAUGAGAUAUAGAACCAAAAUGAAUAAUCAUUUAGACCCUUAAUAAAUCCUAAAUCUGCUGAAAUAGCUGAUAAAAAAAUGAAAAAAAGUGGACUUCAUUUAAUAGAUUAAGCAGAUAGAUUAGCUAUGCCAAUACGGCAAAGUUUUAGUUUUGAAAAAGAAAAUUAUAGUUUUUCACCUUGUAUUAAUGCAAAAUCUAGAUAAUUAGCUAAUAAGUAUAAGUAUUAAAGAAGUUAAUCACCUUGGAAUUAGUAUUGA